AUGACGGCGCCAAGACAUCGGUUUAUUCCUUUCGCGUUUCAAGAUGAACUUGCGCAACAGCUCGCGGCCCAGACACUGGUGCUUGGAGGGGGAUCGCUUUACAUCUACGACUUGCCGCAAUCUUAUGAGGCUCGCGAUCUUAAUGAGAAACAAAUGCCUCACAGUCUCAACAUGUCGACGAAAGAGAUGGAUCUUGAGGAUGGAUGCUUCGCGACGACGUUUGAGAGAAAAUACUAUCACCGAGGAGGGGUGUCCAUCGAGGAAUUUACAACCCGAAGCAAACCGCACCGGCUACCGAGGUCUCUUAUGUACCUCUACUCGGAAAGGAACGCCUUAUGA